AUGUUGGCCACGCUUUCUCAAUCCAUUCUGCUUGUUGCAUCCUUCAGCCUCGCCGCUUUCGCAGCCCCGGCGGCUCAUCGAGGAAAGCCCUCAGGCCCUCCCGGCCAUACGACAGGUCCAAAAGCAAUCUAUUUCAUCGCCAAUGAUCCGGUCAACUCGGUGGUUGCGCUACCCGUUGCCUCGGACGGGACUUUGUCGAUGGGCACCCUCACACCGACUGAGGGCACAGGAUCCAACAGCAUCAACGGAGAUACAAACGAACCAGCAGCUCCUGAUGCAUUGAUUUCACAGUCAUCUUUGACUAUUGCGGGCAAUAACAUGUUCGCUGUCAACGCCGGAAGCAACACUCUGACAAUGUUGUCAAUCGACCCUCGAGAUCCUACCAAGUUAACAGUGGUGGGCGACCCAGUUGCAAUCCCAGGAGAAUUUCCCAAUACCGUCGCAGCAUCGGCCAAGAAUCGGCUUGCCUGUGUCGCUACCACAGGAACUCUGAAUGGAGUAUCAUGUUCGAGCUUUUCGAACACAGGCCUCGGAACCAUGGACGCCUUACGUUCCUUUGGCCUCGACCAGGUCACUCCGCCAGUUGGACCUACCAACACCGUUUCUCAAGUUUUCUUCUCUGAAGAUGAAUCGAGCCUAUUUGCAACAGUGAAGGGAGAUCCCGCAGUAAACCUCACUGGCUUCUUCUCGGUGUUUCCUGUGGAAAGUCAAGGCUGCAAAGAGACCGCCAGUCUGGCUACCGAAGAUAUCCGCAGCUCUCCCUCGGGCACCGCCGUGCUAUUCGGUUCGAAACCAAUCCCAGGGACAUCAUCGGUAUUCGUCACGGACGCAUCCUUUGGCGGCGCGGUCCUCUCCGUCGACCCAACGACCAACAUGGCGAGCCUGGUGGCAAAGCAAGGAAUCGAUGGUCAAUCAGCGACGUGCUGGGUCACCAUCUCCGAUGUCACGGGCAGCGCAUUCGUGACUGAUGUCGGGGUGAACAGAGUCGUGGAAAUGAGUCUGACGGACGCGAGCAUCAUUUCUAUGCUUGAUUUGUCAGCGAACGGCGAUCCCGGACUUAUCGAUCUCGUUGCUAAAGGAAACUUCGUGUAUGCCUUGUCCCCAGGCAACGGCACCACCCCUGCUGCCGUCACGGUGCUGGAUGUCUCCGGUGGUCAAGGGUCUGCGAAAGUGACUCAACAUUUUACUCUUGAUGGGAUGGGAGUCGGUAAGAAUGCGCAAGGAAUGGCGUCUAUUUGA